UGCUAAAUGCACCGAACAUAUUGACACUAUCGUUCUCGUUGUAUCGCCUUUAAACGCUCUAAUGGCAGACCAGAUAUCGCGAUUAAAUUCUGGUAUAAUUCGUGCAUCAGCCAUCGACGUAUUAAACUUGUCAACGGACGAAAAUGAGGAAGCAGAUGAGGAUGAUGAUGAAAGGACAUCUGAAUGUGUGUGCAACUUUCGUCUAAGCGACAAAGCGAAACUCAAAGACGGAUACUAUAACAUUUUGUUUGCGCAUCCUGAGUCCCUUGUCACCAAUUCGUAUGGCAGAAAGUUAAUGCGAAGCAAUGUUUAUCAACAAAACGUUUGUGCCAUCGUUGUUGAUGAAGCCCACUGCAUUUUAGAAUGGGGCAAAGAUUUCAGAGUUGAAUAUGGGAAUCUUGGUGCAUUAUGUGCAACAUUUUCAAAUGUACCAGUGAUAGCUAUGACUGCCACAGCAAGCAAGGAUGAUCGAGAAUCCAUAAAAAAAUCACUGGGCUUGAAAUCGUGUGUGGAAAUCAUUGGGAAUCCAGAUCGCACUAACAUCAUGUAUAAGAAACAAUUCAGAGUUGGGUCAGAUAUAGACUCCCUCACAGCUAUCCUCACUCCUAUAGCUGAAGCUUUGCUAAGUCAACAGUUAUGUUAUCCUUUGACCCUUAUUUAUAUUCCAUUAAAGUGGUGUGGUUUUGCUUAUAAACUGUUCGAUUUUGUUUUGGGAUGCAAUCAAUAUCACCCAAAAGGAUCCAUGCCAAUUCCCGAGAAUAGAUUGUUCGUGCAGUUUCAUUCACCGCAAACUAAGGAGAUGAAAGAUGAAAUCCUGAAGCAGUUGACAUGCCCAUCAGGAAGUGUAAUCAGGGUUGUUUUUGCUACAGUAGCAUUGGGGAUGGGUGUUCAUAUUAGAAGCAUCAGAAAUAUAGUGCAUAUCACCCCACCAUACACAAUACAAGCAUACUUCCAAGAAACUGGCAGAGCAGGUAGAGAUGGAGAACCUGCAACAGCAAUGCUUUACUACAACAAUCGGGAUAUUGCAAAGAACAAACAUGCGAUGCAGGAGGGUAUUCGAGCUUUUUGCCAAAGCACGGACAAAUGUCUUAGAAAUAUAUUACUAACAUCACUUGACACAGAAGAGAAAUAUAUCACACCAAUUUUUCCCAAACAUCUUUGUUGCAGUGUUUGUUGUGAACAAUGCAAUUGUGCUAGCUGCACUGAUUAG